AUGCAAUUUGAUUGUAGGAUCCGAGGUGGAGUUGAGGGAAUCCAUAUAAUUCACAACAGGAACGGCAGGUCGACGGGACGGGCGUUUAUUGAGCUGGAGCACGAGCAGGACGUUUGCAAAGCAUUGGAUCUGCACAAGCAUUACCUGGGACAGCGCUUUGUUGAAGUGUUUGAGGUAACAAACAAAGAUGCUGAAGCCAUAUUAAAGGCUACACAGCAGGUUACAGAGUCAGAUGAAGUGGUGCGACUCAGAGGGCUUCCCUUCAGCUGCACGGAGAAAGACCUCAUUCAGUUUUUCUCUGGGUUGGAGAUUGUGGAAGAUGGAGUUACAAUAGUCCUGGACAGGAGAGGAAGAAACUCAGGCGAUGCCUUCGUGCAGUUUGCCACUAAGGGAAUUGCUGAAAAUGCCCUAAAGAAAGACAGAGAAGUCAUGGGAAACAGGUAUAUAGAGAUUUUCCCCAGCAGGAAAAAUGAGAUCCAAGUCCAGUAUGGAAGAGGGCGAAAUGAGACAUCAGCUUUCACACCAGGAGCUGAGGACACGCCACGCACAAUGAAAACAGCAAACAGUAGCUCUAUAUCAACAACAGAGAACCUCAUUCACAUGAGAGGUCUGCCAUAUGAAGCCACAGGAGAGGACAUUGUAAAGUUUUUCACUCCCAUCAGACUGGUGAAGGUUCUUGUAGAGUACGGUCCAGACGGACAACCCACCGGUGAGGCAGAUGCCUACUUCAGAACACAUCAAGAUGCCGUUUUAGCCAUGUCCAAAGACAGAGAGUAUAUAAUGAAGCGAUAUAUUGAGUUGUUCCUGAAUUCAUCAGCAUCAAGGGAGGAACAAUAAGUUGAAAGUAAACUAUUUAAACUGUCUUAAUGCAUUGCAGCCCAGUCUAUUUAAUGAAAGUAAUUCAGUGUAUAUUACAAGAAUACAUAGAACCAACAUGAAAAGACAACUUUACAAAUAUCGCCUGUUGUGUGUUAUUUUUGGAUAUUCAUUUCAGAUCAACGCAAUGUUAACAAAACAGUCAUAUGUAGAGGAAGUGUGCAAAGUUUAUAAAAAAGUAACUAUUGCAUUGCUUUACUUGUAACUUUGGGAAAGCCUUGAUACAGAUACAGAUAGAAAUAAGUGCUGUUUAUCCCUGUAGCACCCAGACAUGCCAAACAAUUCCUGUCU